GAACUAUUGUUGUGUUCGACGGAUUGUUUGCAUGAAACAGCAACUGCGCGGGUCUCAGAGGAAAAAGGCCUGACUGGAACAGAGCCAAACACAUUGCUAGGAGAGCUGUAAGAACGGCGGCCCAUGAGCGAGGAGGCUGCCGUUAAUGAUUUAGCUUGAGGAGGGAGUGGACGACGAGAGGACGAGCUCCUAACUCUCACCCUCACUUUCUCUCUCUCUCAGAGGAACAGCAGCUCUAAAAGCAGAAAACUUUAAUCUCACGCACAGAUCAGACACUUGGGACGAAAGCAAAGGACAACAGCUCUAACCUGAGAAACACACUGGAAGGAAAGCACUUUUUAAGGGAGGACUUGUAGCAAUCUAAUGCGUGUGGUUUUCUUGUGUAUUUAAUUUCAAGUCUAAAAACACCUGUAUGAUCCUGAGACACCGCAAGAAGUCACGAUGUUCGCUGUGCAUUUGCUGUCUUUUUAUUUUACCAAAUUACAGGAGGAUCAGAUCAAAAAGGUGGACCGGUUCCUACAUGCCAUGCGUCUGUCUGAUGAACAGCUCUUAGAUAUUAAGUCUCGUUUCCGUGUGGAGAUGGAGAAAGGCCUGUCUAAAGAGAGCAACGUUACCGCUGCUGUCAAAAUGCUACCCACACACGUUCGCUCCACUCCUGAUGGCUCGGAGAAGGGUGAGUUCCUGGCACUCGAUCUCGGAGGAUCCAAAUUCAAAGUCCUGCAGGUGAUGGUAUCUGAGGAUGGGAAGAGCAAAGUGCAGAUGGAAAGUGAGACUUUUCCAGUCCCUGUGGAGGUUCUCAAUGGGAGAGGAACAGAGCUUUUUGAUCAUGUGGCAGAGUGUCUAAAAACCUUCAUGCAGAAGAAUAACAUCAAUCAGAAGAAAAAGCCACUGGGCUUCACCUUCUCCUUCCCCUGUCUCCAGUCUAAACUCGACGAGGGUGUGUUGCUGUCAUGGUCAAAGAACUACAAGGCCAGAGGUGUUAAAGGUACUGAUGUGGUACAGUCACUGAAGCAAGCCAUCAACAAAGUUGGGGGGAUCGAUGUGGAUGUUCUGGCACUGGUCAAUGACACAGUGGGAACAAUGAUGACUUGUGGAUAUGAUGACCAGCACUGUGAGGUCGGACUCAUCAUAGGUACAGGCACUAACGCAUGCUACAUGGAGGAGAUGAGACACAUUGACCUGGUGGAGGGAGAUGAGGGUAGGAUGUGCAUCAACACAGAGUGGGGAGCGUUUGGAGAUGACGGGGUGCUUGAUGAUUUCAUUACAAGUUUUGACCAGGAAAUUGAUGCAGCCUCCAUCAACCCUGGAAAACAGCUGUUUGAGAAGAUGGUGAGUGGGAUGUACAUGGGAGAACUGGUGAGGCUCAUCCUGCUGAAGAUGGCUAAAUGUGGCCUGCUGUUUAAAGGAAGAGUCUCAGAUGCUCUUCGUACUAAAGGGAGAUUUCAAACUAAGCAUGUCUGCAUGAUAGAAGAAUACAAAGAUGGGCUGAAAAACACUCAGGAUAUCCUUACAGAGCUGGGUCUCAGUCCCACAGAGGAUGACUGCAUUGCCGUCCAGCAUGUUUGCACCAUCGUGUCUUUCAGGUCGGCGAACCUAUGCGCUGCUGCACUGGCUGCCAUCCUCACACGCAUCCUGGAGAACAAGAAGCUAAAGUCUCUAAGGACCACCGUUGGUGUGGAUGGAACAGUCUACAGAACUCAUCCCCAGUAUGCAAAGAGGCUCCAUAAAGUGGUGCGCCACCUGGUUCCUGAAUGCCAUGUCCGUUUUGUGUUGUCGGAAAGUGGCAGCAGUAAAGGGGCGGCCAUGGUGACUGCAGUCGCCCAACGCCUAGCAUCACAGCGCAAAGAGAUUGACAACACACUAGCAGAAUUCAAACUCAGCACCACACAACUCCAACAGAUUAAAGAUAAAAUGAGAGUGGAGUUGGAGCGUGGCCUCAGAAAGGAUUCGCAUGGAUCUGCCUCAGUCAAAAUGUUGCCCACAUAUGUUUUCAGGACUCCAGAUGGCACAGAGACAGGAAAAUUCCUAGCCUUGGAUCUUGGAGGAACAAACUUCAGAGUGCUGGUGGUGAAGAUCCGUAAUGGGAUCCGCAAAUCUGUCCGCAUGUAUAACAAGAUCUAUCCCAUCCCACUGGAAAUUAUGCAGGGCACUGGAGAGGAGCUCUUUGAUCACAUAGUGCAUUGUAUCUCAGAUUUCAUGGACUACAUGGGAAUGAAAAACACCUGUCUGCCCCUUGGCUUCACCUUCUCAUUUCCCUGCAGACAGACUGGAAUAGAUAAGGGAAUCUUGGUUAGCUGGACAAAAGGUUUCAAAGCUACUCACUGUGAGGGGAAUGACGUGGUGGACAUGUUGAGGGAAGCCAUUAAGAGACGAAAUGAAUUUGACCUGGAUAUUGUUGCGGUGGUAAAUGACACCAUUGGCACCAUGAUGACCUGUGCAUAUGAAGAUCCUAAUUGUGAAAUUGGACUAAUUGCUGGAACAGGCAGCAAUGCUUGCUACAUGGAACACAUGAAGAACAUAGAAACAGUGGAAGGGGAUGAGGGGCACAUGUGUGUGAAUACAGAGUGGGGUGGUUUUGGCGAUAAUGGCAACAUUGAGGAUAUCCGGACACGGUUCGACCGGGAGGUGGACAACGGUUCCCUGAACGUAGGAAAACAGAGGUUUGAAAAGAUGACCAGUGGAAUGUACCUGGGAGAAAUUGUCAGGCAGAUUCUCAUAGAUCUUACCAAACGGGGUCUUUUGUUUCGUGGCCACAUUACGGAAUGUCUUAAGACAAGAGGCAUCUUUGAGACCAGGUUUCUCUCACAGAUUGAAAGUGACCGCCUGGCGCUACUGCAGGUCAGAUCUAUUCUACAGCAUUUGGGCCUGAAUAGCACAUGCAAUGACAGUAUCAUAGUUAAGGAAGUGUGUGGUGUUGUGUCACACCGAGCUGCACAGAUCUGUGGAGCAGGAAUGGCUGCUAUUGUGGACAAAAUAAGGGAGAACCGAGGACUGGAUCAUUUGGACAUCACUGUGGGGGUGGAUGGCACACUGUACAAACUCCAUCCACACUUCUCAAGAGUUCUGAAGGACACAGUGAAGGAACUUGCCCCCAAGUGUAAAGUGGAUUUUAUCCUGUCAGAGGAUGGCAGUGGGAAGGGAGCAGCACUUAUUACAGCUGUGGCUCAUCAGUAUUGUAAGAAGACAUAACCACACUGAUGUACACUGUGUCCCUUUUUACCAGCUGAAUAUAUACCAAGAGAUGCUAUUUAUAUGUAGCUGAAAUUUAACACACAGACAACUGGGAGCAAUCCAACUGCCUUUUAUAUACAUACAGGACUGUCAAGUGUCACGCAUUGAGAGUGACAGCAGCGCAUUUGGGUCUUUUCUCCCGCUCUCACGCCACACAUUGUAUUUCUCGCGCAGAAAAACUUUUUGACUAUUUAUCAUAUAUUUAAUAAGCCG